GGAAAACUACGUUCCAGUGCAUGCAGCUGUACUAGCAAAAUAAAUUGGCAGAGAAAAGAAAACAACAGGAGGAUGGCUGGGAUCUUAGAAAUUUUGGUUUUUGUGCUGGUGGCUCUUCUGAUUCUGCGCUUCCUGAGACAGCUCUGGUCACACAGACGCUACCCUCCUGGACCUUUCCCACUUGCUGUCAUUGGAGGCAUGUGGAAGUUUGGGGGAAUAUUUUCACCAGAUAUUUUCCUGAAGCUGGCUAAGCAAUAUGGAAACAUUUACCUUAUAUGGAUCGGACAUAAAUCUGUGUUAGUACUGUCUGGAUUCCAAAUGGUGAAAGAAGGCCUUACAAACCUACCAGAAGUCUUGUCUGAACGACCAGUGACCCCUUUCCUGAAAGCUGCACUUAAAAAAAAGGGUUUGGUAUUUUCCAAUGGUCACACCUGGAAGCAGCAGAGACGGUUCAGUGUCAUUACUAUGCGGAAGCUGGGUCUGGGGAAGACAGGCAUGCAGUUCCAAAUACAAGAGGAAGCCUGUCGUCUUGUAGAGGUCUUUGCACGUGCAAAAGGACAGCCACAUGAUUUUUCACUCCCCAUCACUAAUGCAGUGUCCAGCUUGAUAUGUGUUUUGGCUUUUGGAUACCGAUUUUCUCUUGAAGAUGAAAAAUUCCAAAAAUUGAUGGAUGCCGUUGAUUGCUUGUUGAAAGAUGCAAAUACCAUACUUCACAUGCUGUAUGAAGUCUUCCCAUGGCUCAUGAAACAUUUCCCAGGGCCUCAUAGGAAGUUAUUUGCCUCCGCAGACUUGGUACUUUCAUUUGCAAAGGAGGAGUUAGAAAGGCAUAAGGAGCAACGAAAGGAUGAGCCACAGGAUUUCAUUGAUUUCUAUCUACUUCAGAUGGAGAAAAGCAAGGAUGACCCCAACUCUACCUAUGAUGAAGACAACCUGGCAGAGUGUGUUCUUGACCUCUUCAUCGCAGGGACAGAGACGACUGCUGCUACUCUGAAAUGGGCACUGCUCCUCAUGGUGUCUUAUCCAGAUGUUCAAGAUAAAGUCUACAAGGAGAUGGAGGAUGUUUUUGGUUCCUCCCUUCCCAUUUGCUAUGACGAUCGAAAGAAACUGCCUUACACCAAUGCGGUGAUGCAUGAAAUUUUGCGUGCAAAAUAUCCCUUAUUAAUUGGGAUUCCCAGACGAAGUGCAAAGGAUACGGAAAUGCAUGGUUUUCACAUUCCAAAGGGGACAUUUGUUAUUACAGAUCUGAAGUCUGUUCUUGCUGAUCCCACGCGAUGGGAAACACCUGAAGAGUUCAACCCGCACCAUUUUUUGGACACGGAUGGAAAUUUUAGGUCUAGAGAAGAAUAUCUGCCAUUUGGAGCAGGGGCUCGAGCCUGUGUGGGAGAGCAGAUGGCCAAGAUGGAGAUAUUCAUCUUCCUAACCACCCUGUUGAGGGCAUUCCGCUUCCAGCUGCCAGAAGGAGUGAAAGAACUCAAUAAAAAGCCUGUUUUGGGGCUGACAUUGCACCCCCACCCUCACAAACUCUGUGCUGUUCCCCGCUGCAGUGCAUCAGGAAGCCUAUCAAAAUAAUUACUGUGGUUUGUUUAUUUAUUGCAACAAAUUUCUCCAUUAUU